AGUUCACAUCGCGAUAACUCGAGAGGUAGAACAUACUGGUUUUUCAGUGAGUAAGUGUGUUCCUCCAAGGAAGCAGCUACACAUGACUCGGUUGUUCGUAAGUCCUUAACGUUGUACUGUUCAUUUUGUUUGAGAUGGGAGUUGCUGGAUUUGAAAUUGGUGGGAAUUCUGCUUCUGCUUCUGUUUUGCAUUUUGGUGCCAAUUCGUUAUCUUCCUAUAAGGUUCCAAUUUCCUUGAGACCCUUUUUUGGGAAUGCUUUGAACGCGAGGUUUACGGGGAAAAUUCGGGUUUCUCAGACUCAGAAGCCGAAUUUUGGUGCAGUUUCUGCUUCACUGAAUGGUGGCUCUAAUGUUGGGUUGAUCAGUGAUGCGAUUCUUCCGAAGGACUCAGAAUUUAAGCCUUCCUUUGACGAAUAUUUGAAGGCUAUGGAAUCUGCCAGAACUGAGAGGGACAAGAAGCGUGCUGCCACUGCUAGGAAACAGAAGACGACGGAAAAGGGGGAUAAUAGCACCGUAAAAGUUAGCAGUGCAAGAGUGAAAAUUGAGAGAAAAGAUGGGCAUGAAGGCGCUGAAGAAGGUUCCUCCAGAAGUAGUGGCAAGGUCAGAAGAUCAGCUACUAAAGGAUUUAGAAGUGAAAACGAUGGGAAAGAAAACGACCUUGAUGUAAAGGCAAAGCAGAAAAAUGGGUCGUUGAAACGCCAGAGUCAUAGUUUAGAACCAAAGUCUAAGAGUAUAGUUAGGUCUAGUUUGAAUGGUAGCCGUGGGAGUGUCGUAAAGAGGGAAGUUAUUCAUGAUUUAUAUUCUUCAAAGAUUGUGGGAGAGAAGGUUGUUGGUAGCAGACAAAGGGAUUAUAACACACAGGGUAAAAUCCCUGAUAGAGGUCUAACACAAGAUGUUCAAGACAAAGGGAUUGUAAGAAGACACACCGAGAAUGGAAGUUUUAUAAAUAGAAAUGGUCUGUCUAAUGUGAAAAUGAAUGGAGGCCGCAAGCGUUUCAUUGACAGGGGUUAUGAUUCUGACAUUUCGGAGGUGGAACGAGCAGCAUUUGAGAAUCUGGAAGACCCGAACCAGGUUAUCAGAAAGUCACAAUUUUCACACAAGGAAAUGGAGGAGAAAAUCCAAAAGCUAGCCAAUUCGUUAAAUGGUGCAGACAUCAAUUUACCUGAAUGGAUAUUUUCUAAGAUGAUCAGAAGUGCAAGGCUUAAAUUUUCUGACUAUUCCAUAACAAGGAUUAUCACAAUCUUGGGACAACUAGGAAACUGGCAGCGAGUGAUACAGGUGAUUGAAUGGCUUCAAAAGGGUGAACGUUUCAAGUCCACUAAGCUAAGGAAUAUAUAUACUGCUGCUCUUUUUGCACUUGGAAAGUCCAAGAGACCCGUCGAGGCACUAAAUAUAUUUCAUGCAAUGCAGCAACAAAUGUCCUCGUAUCCUGAUUUAGUAGCUUAUCGGAGCAUUGCUGUGACUCUUGGACAAGCAGGGCAUAUGAAGGAGCUCUUUGAUGUGAUUGAUAUUAUGCGAUCACCACCAAAGAGAAAGUUUAAAACAGGGGUAUUUAAGAGCUGGGACCCAAGGCUGGAACCAGAUUUUGUAGUCUAUCAUGCAGUGCUUAACGCUUGUGUUAAGCAGAAACAAUGGGAAGGAGCCUUUUGGGUUUUGCAGCAGUUAAAGAAGCAAGGACAACAACCUUCUGCCACAACUUAUGGCCUAGUCAUGGAGGUGAUGCUUUCAUGUGGCAAGUACAACUUGGUUCAUGAAUUUUUCAGAAAACUUCAGAAGUCUUUCGUUCCUAAUUCAUUGACGUAUAGAGUUCUUGUAAAUACACUGUGGAAAGAGGGAAAAAGCGAUGAGGCUAUAUUGGCCGUCCAAGAAAUGGAAAAUCGUGGAAUUGUAGGUUCGGCUUCCCUUUAUUAUGAUCUGGCUCGAUGCCUCUGUGCAGCUGGAAGAAGUCACGAGGCACUAAAGCAGAUAGACAAGAUAUGCAAGGUUGCAAAUAAACCACUGGUAGUGACCUACACUGGUUUGAUGCAAGCAAGUCUAGACUCUGGAAAUAUUCAAGAUGGGGCUUAUAUUUUUGAGAAAAUGAAGGAAGUUUGUGCUCCAAACCUGGUUACAUAUAACAUAUUGCUGAAAGCUUACUUGGAACAUGACAUGUUCCAAGAAGCUAAAGCGUUGUUUGAGCAGAUGUCAGAAAAUGCAAAUUGUCUGAGGGGAAAUACUGAUUACAAGAUGCUGGUGGUACCAGAUAUAUACACAUUCAACACCAUGUUAGAUGCAUGUGUUUCAGAGCAGAGAUGGGAUUAUUUUGAUCAUGUCUAUCAAAGGAUGUUGUACCAUGGUUAUCACUUCAAUCCAAAACGUCAUCUUCAAAUGAUAUUGGAUGCUUCAAGAGCGGGAAAGGAACGGCCUUUGGAGAUAACAUGGAAACAAUUAACCGACAUGGAUCGAAAUAUUCCAACUUCUCUGAUCAAGGAGAUGUUUUGUUCUAAGCUUGAGAAAGAAGACUAUGUUGCUGCUCUCACAUGUAUGACCAGCAAUCUUCCAAAAGAGUCGCAGCCAUUUUCCAAAGCGUCUUGGUUGAAACUAUUAAAGAAUAAUUCUCAGCGGUUUCAGAAGGAUACGAUUGUUAGACUAAUGAACGAGGCCAACAAAAUGCUUUCCAAUGGAAGUUUACCAAAUCCAACACUUGAGUAUUUGAUACAAUCAUGUAAAAAAUUUCUUUUUGCCACUGAAAUCAGUGAAGUUGACAUGGAUUCAAUGAAAAAUGUAGUUGAAGUUGAAGUAGAGAAUAAGCUGGUCGUAGCCAACUUUAGAUGAAGGUUUCUAUCAAAACUUUGUAAUAUAUUCUCAAUCAAAAUGCAAUGAAAUCCUUCUGUUGAAUGAAA